AUGUUAUUACCGUUGCUAUUCCUUAUCCUGAUAUCAGUGCCAUCUGCAUUCUGUAGCCAUAAGACAACGACAGUCUAUGCGAAAAAACUGAAAAGCGAUCCUCCAUUUUGCUAUGAGUUCAUCAAAGUUAUAACUGAAGAAUCUAUCGAGUGUAAUGAAAAACAGAUAGUCUGUGAUGAAAGAAUCGAACUGAGUGAGCCCAAAAGUAUAAAUAGAGAUAUAUGCCUUAAUGAUCAUCGUUUUGCGAAAUAUGUUGACUCUAAGUGGAAUGAAAUUGUCAAUUCAAAACUUGCUCAAACGCUUUGA